UGGAGCUCGUCACGUGACGCGGCAAUUGGCUCCGGUCCGGCUGCUAUAAAUCCACCUCGGCGCGUUCGCACGGUCCUUCUCUCCCUGUCCACUCUCCAGGCUGCAGCUCCUCCGAGUCCCAGGCGCCGAAAGUAGCUUCGACCUCUUCAGUCAUGGCGGACCAGGCUUUUGUGACGUUGGCCACCAAUGACGGCUACGCUCGGGGAGCCAUGGUUUUGGGCAAGUCCCUCCGCGACCACAACACAUCCAAGAAGCUGGUGGUCCUCAUCGGCCCCCAGAUGUCAGAGACUUGCCAGUCUGUGCUGAAGAGGAUCUUUGACGAGGUGAAGGUGGUGGACGUGCUGGACAGCGGCGACGCGGCGCACCUGGGCAUGAUGAAGAGGCCGGACCUGGGCGUCACCUUCACCAAGCUGCACUGCUGGACUCUGACGCAGUUCUCCAAAUGUGUCUUCAUGGAUGCGGACACUCUGGUGCUGUCAAAUGUAGACGAGUUGUUUGACCGAGAAGAAUUGUCGGCGGCUCCCGACCCCGGCUGGCCCGACUGCUUCAAUUCCGGCGUCUUUGUUUUUCGGCCUUCUCUUGAGACUCACGGCAAACUGCUGCAGUAUUGCACAGAACACGGCAGCUUUGAUGGUGGAGACCAAGGAGUCUUAAAUGGGUUUUUCAGUGACUGGGCAACCGCUGAUAUAUCCAAACACCUCCCCUUCAUCUACAACCUCAGCAGCGUAGCCAUCUACACGUACCUUCCAGCCUUUAAGCAAUUUGGUGGCAAUGCAAAGGUGGUCCACUUCCUAGGGAAGACUAAGCCGUGGAGCUACACCUACGACACCAAAUCCAAACGGAUCGCAGGAGAAGUGCCCGAGGCCGCCACACAUCCCACGUUCCUCCUGGACUGGUGGGCCCUGUACUCCAGCGCCGUGGUGCCAAUGCUGCAGGAGCAAUACGGAGACCAGCCUUUCCAGUCCGGCUGCGUGGAGUACCAGGACUGUGACAUGGUCACUAUUGAGAGUGAAGAGGUCGCGGAGGCGAGCUGUUCUUCUCCUGCAGAACCUGAAACACAGAUGUCCUCAGAACAACGGAAGCAGAAAUGGGAGCAAGGCCAGGCUGACUACAUGGGAACUGACUCGUUUGACAAUAUCAAGAAAAAGCUUGAUACUUUUCUCAAAUAAUAAAGAGGCACUGAUGUGGGAUAACCAUGGAGCACUUGUAGUUUUGUUUGUUUUUGCCCCUCCAUUUAAAAGGAGUCAUUGCUUUUUUUUUUUUUUUUUUUUUGUAUCAAAGCUGCUCUUGCAGUUCAACAAACUUGCCACAGGUCUGGUUUUUCCCUUGAUGAGAAUGGACUAAAGUCUCCCUACUAUGUUACAUUAUACAAACGGCUUUAAUUGUCAAUAAGACUGUCGCUCAGUUUUAACCAGCCGCACUGAAGAAAUUCAGGAAAGAUUAAUAACGUCACUCUUCAAAUGUCAAUGCUUGAACGUUUUUUUUUUUUCUAAGUAUUCCUUUUUAAACCAGUUUACAGCGCAUCUAAAUGUGAUGGGAGUUUUGUGCAGUAACCAUACUUGGUGCCUUCUUGCCCUUUGUGCCUUAUCUGUUCUGCAGUUUGUGCGGGACAUUAGGUUUGAACUUGUCUAUUGUAAUGUUGACCAGAAUGUUCUCUGUACCGGUGUUAUGAAACUAUUAAAUAUAACUGAACGCUUGGA